GCCACUACAGGCAGAGAAGUGCUGCAGCGGAUCACACAGAAUUAGACGAGUGGAACGCAGGAGCCGGAAGUGGGCCGUGACGUAUUUCCGGUAGAUGUAAUGUAUUGGGAGAGCAUCAGAGGAGAUGCAGUCAUACUAUAAACCAAGACAAGAUGGAGGAGAGUCACAUGCAAGAGAAGAUACUGAGCCUCACCCUGGAGAUCAUCUACCUGCUGACCGGAGAGGAUUGCACAGUAGUAAAGAAGACAUCUGGAGAUUGUGUGGCCCCCAGCAGUCGCCCCCAUGUGUCAGCAGGAUGGAGCAGGACUCGGGCCUGUAUCAUGGAGCCUCCACCUCCCUCACCGAUACCUGAGAGGACAAAGGAGCAGAAGAUCCUAGAACUCAUCUACAAGAUGGUGGAGAUACUGACUGGAGAGGUUCCUAUAAGAUGUCAGGAUGUGGCGGUCUAUCUCUCCAUGGAGGAGUGGGAGUAUGUAGAAGGACACAAGGAUCUGUACCCGGACAUUAUGGAGGACCCCCGGCCCCUCACAUCACCUGAUUUACCUAAACAUAAUAUAAAUGAUCGGCCACCGAUGUUGGUGAAUGAUGACCCGGUCGGCUGUGAUGGGGAAAACCUUAGAAAUCCUGACACCUGUUCACUCUCCGAUCACGUUCAGCUCCGUCCCGCUCCUAAUAUAAAACAGGAAAUGACCUCAUCUGAAGAACCCAACACAGGUCAUACACAGCAAUAUUUACCUUCUCGUAUUAAAGGGGACCCUGACUCCCAGCAGGAGAGAAGGGUCCUGGACCCCAUCAUCUUAACACUCACAAACUAUAAUCAUUACCCAUCUGCUCAUGGUGUGAAGGAAGCGUUCAUUAUGGGGGAUGGAGGAAACUUCACUGAUACUUACGCGUUAUCGCAUCAUACACAACAGUAUCCUCCUCCUAAUAUAAAGGAGGAACCAGCUUUGCAGGAACCUACAGACUCUGGUAUUUAUACCCCCACAGAUCAUUCACAACUAUACUCAUCUGGUCAUCUUAUGGGGGAACAAGUCGCCUCACCUGACAAAGAUCCUAUGGAUGCCAAUAGACCUGCAGAUCAUAGAAGUCAACAUCCAACUAUUAAGGAGGAACCCGCCUCAUGUGAUGGAGGUUACGUUACAGACUGUGAUAGGUAUACACAACAUCCAACCAUUAAGGAGGAACCCACCUCAUGUGAUGGAGGUUACGUUACAGACUGUGAUAGGUAUACACAACAUCCAACCAUUAAGGAGGAACCCACCUCAUGUGAUGGAGGUUACGUUACAGACUGUGAUAGGUAUACACAACAUCCAACCAUUAAGGAGGAACCCACCUCAUGUGAUGGAGGUUACGUUACAGACUGUGAUAGGUAUACACAACAUCCAACUAUUAAGGAGGAACCCACCUCAUGUGAUGGAGGUUACGUUACAGACUGUGAUAGGUAUACACAACAUCCAACUAUUAAGGAGGAACCCGCCUCAUGUUCCACAGGAAAUUCCACAGCCACUAAGCUUUACUCCCCAGAUUGUUCUCCUCAGUCUCCAUCUGUUCCUUCUAUAAAGGAACCAGUUACAUGUGAACGAAGAAACUUCUGGGGACCCAUCGAUCAUACACAACAACACCCGUCUACCCAACCUAUAGAGGAGGCACUGUCACCUGAUCAAGAAGACCGGACAGGUCCUAAUAGUUAUACACCCAGCGAUCACACAUGGCAGCACCCGUCUACACAUCUGGUGGAGGAACCCAAUCCCACAGACUCUGACCUUUGUUUAUCCACCAAUGGACUGGUCUCCUUUACAGAUAAAAACCUAUAUAAUAAUUAUGGCUACAUCUUCACAGAACAUACGUAUACGCAUCUGUAUAGAAAUAAAAUUAAUCACAGGGCCGGAGGUUUUGUAGAACAUUUUAUGGGUUCCCUGCCUCACAUCUUUGGAGUGUCCGCCGUGGUGGAAGGCUUUUCUCCCGAAGCGCGUCUUGCAGAAAUUCAGUAUAUUUCCAACCACGUCCGAUCUGCAGACUGGGGCUCGACAAAGGCCAACCAACACAACGUAUUCCUGUCAAAAUGUAUAGAAUACGAAAAACAUUUCUGUAAGGUGUCCCGGGCCAGGAUCUGUGGGACCCACCUCACCGAGUGGUCAUUUACCUGCUCCGAAUGUCAGAACUGUCUCAACGCCACCUUAAAGCUCAUGAGACAAAAUCUGAAACCUCGAGAAGGAAAGGAGAAGUCUAAGACCUCACCGGCCGAAGCACAAGCAGAGGAGAAGGAUUUUGGGUGUCUGGAUUGUGGCAAACAUUUUCCCAAGAAACGUUACCUUCUCACGCACAGGAGAGUCCACUCCAGAGAGAACCCUUUCCAUUGUCCUGCAUGUGGUCAGAGUUUUGAGAGCCAGGAGGGUUUCGCGAACCAUCAGAAGAAUCCCUUGUGUGAACGGCCGUUUUCUUGUUCCGAAUGCGGGAAGCGAUUCAAAAGUCGAUACAAUUCGGAAUAUCACAAAAAAACUCACAUGGAAAACAAAAAGUAUCUGUGUCCGGUGUGCGGGAAAAGCUUCCGGAAACAAUCUUGUUUUAUUGUCCAUGAGCGGACUCACACCGGGGAGAAACCGUACGCCUGUCCUGAAUGUGGACGCUGCUUCAGCCAGAACGCGUCACUCAUCUCCCACCAGAGACUCCACACCGGGGAAAAGCCGUUCGCAUGUACGGAGUGCGGACGGAACUUCACCCAACGGAUCAGCCUUGUGGUGCAUCAGAGGGUUCACUCUGGAGAUCGACCUUAUAAGUGUCAGGAGUGCGGGAAAGGCUUCACUCAACGCAUUGGGCUGGUCCAACAUCAGAGAAGACACACGGGGGAGAAGCCAUAUACAUGUUCAGAGUGUGGAAAGUCCUUUACGCUCCAUGAUAGUCUCGUAAAACACCUGCGGACCCACACCGGGGAGAAACCAUACGUCUGUGCAGAGUGCGGCAAACGCUUCUGCCAGAGCUCACAGCUCACGGCCCAUAGACGCUUUCACCACGCCGCCACACACAACACUGGAGACAAUGUGUAGUAUUAGUGCUGAUACAGUGUAACCUCUAUAAAAGACCACUUCUUUGAGAAGACAACCCCCUUAUCCAGACCAGAGUUCGUGAGACAGAUUUUCAGUCCACCACACUUUAUGCAUGGCUGUCAGUUUCUUUAAAGGGAUACUCCCAUGCCCCAGCUUUCUGAACAUCCGGUUCAGAAGGCUUGGAGCAGCGGCCGUAGCCACGCCUUCGAUGACCUCACGCCACCCCCCCCCUCCAUUGUUGUAUAUGGGAGGGGGCGUAACGACCGUCACGCCCCCUCCCAUAGACAUCAAUGGAGGGGGCAUGGCGUGACGUCGCGACCACUGCUCUAAGCCUUCUGAACCCGAUGUUCAGAAGGCUGGGGUACGGGAGUACCCCUUUAAGAAGACCACCUGCACAGAAGACUAUUUUUCAAUGCAGUUUUUGGUGGUCUUCUCAAAGUGGUUUAACUGUUUAAAUCCAGCUAGAGAAGGAACGUGAGGAAAGGGCCAUUGAUUUCUUCCACUCUUUUUUAUUUAUUUUUGGGUGUUUUUCUGCCUUCACAGUGUUAUUUCUUAUCAUAUUGAGGAUGUUAGUGUAGGAGGACAUGUCGGCUGACUUGAUGAUUUUUGGCACACAGUUUAUCACGGCUUAAUUUUUUUUUUGACAUGGUCAGAAAAGUUGUAAAAAUUUCAGAGAAAAAUGAAAGACCUCUUAUAUACAAUAUAUCCAGAAGGUUUUCACCCUUAUCACUAUGUAUUAUGUAUCCAGAAAGUCUUCAUCCCCAUCACUAUAUGAAAUGUAUCCACAAAGUCUUCACACCUGGUCACUAUAUACAAUGCACCCAGAAAGUCUUCACACCUGGUCACUAUAUACAAUGUAUCCAGAAAGUCUUCACCCCCGAUCACUAUAUACAAUGUAUACAGAAAGUCUUCACCCCCGUUCACUAUAUACAAUGUAUCCAGAAAGUCUUCACCCCCGUUCACUAUAUACAAUGUAUCCAGAAAGUCUUCACCCCUGAUCACUAUAUACAAUGUAUCCAGAAAGUCUUCACCCCCGUUCACUAUAUGAAAUAUAUCCAGAAAGUCUUCACCCCCCCCCCCCCCCCGAUCACUUCUUUCACAUUUUGUUCUGUUGCUCCUUGUUUCCCACCAUUCUGCCCUUAAUCCCACGUAAUGACCAUAAAGUGAUCGCACAAUGUUACAAAUCUUUGUUGAGAAGGAAAAACUAGAAUCUUACAAUGACAUUAGUAUUCAUACCCUUUACUAUUACAUGUGACCUAAGUAUUCAUACCUUUACUCAGGACUCAGGUGAAGCCCCUUUGGCAUUGAUUCCAGCCUCCAGUCUUCUUGGGGAUUUUCGGUCAUUCUCUGCAGAUCCUCUCAGCUCUGUCAGGUUGGAUGGGGACCAUCGGUUGAAGCCAUUAAUAGGACUCUCCAGAAAUGUCCCAUUGAGUUUGGGCUCUGGCUGGGCCACUCUAGGACAUUCACAGAAUUGUUCGUAAGCCGCUCCAGUGUUGUCCUGGCCGUGUGCUUAGGGUCAUUGUCUUCUUGUCACUGUAGGGAUGGUAUUGGGCAGGUGAUGGGCAGUGCCUGGUUUCCCCCAGACAUUAUGCUGCCCCCACCAUGAUCACUGUAAGGAUGGUAUUGGGCAGGUGAUGGGCAGUGCCUGGUUUCCUCCAGACAUGAUGCAGCCCCCACCAUGAUCACUGUAGGGAUGGUAUUGGGCAAGUGAUGGGCAGUGCCUUGUUUCCCCCAGACAUGAUGUUGCCCCACCAUGAUCACUGUAGGGAUGGUAUUGGGCAGGUGAUGGGCGGUGCCUGGUUUCCCCCAGACAUGAUGCUGCCCCCCACCAUGAUCACUGUAUGGAUGUUAUUGGGCAGGUGAUGGGCAGUGCCUGGUUUCCUCCAGACAUGAUGCUGCCCCCACCAUGAUCACUGUAGGGAUGGUAUUGGGCAGGUGAUGGGCAGUACCUGGUUUCCUGCAGACAUGAUGCUGCCCCCACCAUGAUCACUGUAGGGAUGGUAUUGGGCAGGUGAUGGGCAGUGCCUGGUUUCCUCCAGACAUUAUGCUGCCCCCCCCCCAUGAUCACUGUAGGGAUGGUAUUGGGCAGGUGAUGGGCAGUGCUUGGUUUCCUCUAGACAUUAUGCUGCCCCCCACCAUGAUCACUGUAGGGAAUGAUAUUGGGCAGGUGAUGGGCAGUACCUGGUUUCCCCCACCAUGAUCACUGUAGAGAUGGUGAUGGGCAGUGCCUGGUUUCCUCCAGACAUGAUGCUGCCCCCCCCCCAAUGAUCACUGUAGGGAUGGUAGUGGGCAGGUUAUGGGCAGUGCCUGGUUUCACCCAGACAUGAUGCUACCCCCCCCCAUGAUCA